GAGGGAGAGAUAGGGAGAGAUAAAAGAGUUGAGAGAGGAGAGAGAGCAAAAAAAAAAACAAAGGAAACAAAAAGAUACCAACAAAGCACAAAGGAAAAGGAAAGCUCGGUUGAAAACCAAGGAUAAAAAGGGUCCUCACCCCAACAAACACAAAGCCCACAAAGGCGUGGCAGAUCAAAAAACCUACCCGAGUGAUUGAGAUAGAGCGAGAAAACAACAAAACCACAAGAGAGAGGGAAAGAGAAGAACAUUGAUCCCCCUGAAACACCAAAACCCUCCACACACACACACACACACACACAUAUAUUUAUAUUCCUUUGAUUCCGUUUCAUCCUUCUCUUCAAUUCCUUGGCUUUUAAAAUUAGUACUUUCAUCUUUUUAUGAAGCCCUAGCUAGAAGCCUAGAAAUAUACUCGAGAAGGGAAGAUGAUGUGUGGGAAGAAAGAAGAUCAAGGGGAGUGCUCUCAGUCAGUCCAAAACCUACAAGCUUUCCAAGAACACUUGUUUCUCCAACAACAACAACAUCAUCAGAUGCAACAACAACAACAUCAUCAGAUGCAACAACAACAACAUCAUCAGAUGCAACAACAACAAGGUUUGAUUUUUCCACAUGAUCAUCAACCUCCUCCUCCAAUCUUGCAGCCAUGGACUCUCCCACCGAACCACACCUUCAACCCAACCGCCCACGACCCAUUUCUCCUCCCAACUCCUCCCCCAAUUCCGUCGUCAUCAUCCUAUGCUUCUUUCUUCAACCGAAGAGCUCCUUCUCUCCAGUUCACAUACGACGGUUCAACAUCUGACCACCACCACCACCUCAGAAUUUUGUCCGAGACGCUUGGACCGAUGGUUCAACCCGGUUCGGCCCCUUUCGGUCUUCAGGCCGAGUUAGGAAAGUUGACCGCCCAAGAAAUCAUGGACGCCAAGGCACUCGCCGCUUCUAAGAGUCACAGCGAGGCUGAGAGGAGACGAAGAGAGAGAAUCAACAACCAUCUCGCCAAGUUGCGCAGCUUAUUGCCCAGCACCACCAAAACGGACAAAGCUUCAUUGCUAGCGGAAGUGAUACAACAUGUGAAAGAGCUGAAACGCCAAACUUCUCUGAUCGCCGAGACGAGUCCGGUACCGACCGAAACUGACGAACUAAUAGUAGACGAUGAAUCUGACGAGGACGGUAAGUUUGUGAUAAAGGCCUCACUUUGCUGCGAGGACCGAUCGGAUCUCUUGCCCGACCUAAUCAAGACAUUGAAAGCCUUGCGCUUGAGAACGCUCAAAGCUGAGAUCACAACACUCGGCGGACGUGUGAAGAACGUGUUGUUUAUCACCGGAGAAGAGGACUCAAGUAAUAGCGGAGGGGAGCAAAUACAAAUGCCGCAUCAGCAGUACUGCAAAAGUUCGAUACAAGAAGCGCUGAAGGCGGUCAUGGAGAAGACCGCCGGCGGUGGUGGUGAUCAGGAUCAGUCUUCCUCAGGGAGUGCUAAGAGACAAAGGACUAAUAACAUCAAUAUCCUUGAACACAGGUCGCUUUGAUUAAUUAAUAUGAAGCCUAGGGCUUAUUAGUUUUAAUUAAUUUUCUUUUAUUUCUUUUGGUGGUUUGGGUUUUUCUUUGGUUGGUUUGUCGUGUUUGUUGUGGUGUAUUUCCGUGAUUGAACAAAUGAGUAAUGAUGGUGUGGUUUGUACUACCUGCAUUACUCCAAAAAAAUUGGUGAGAGAGUGGGAGAGAGAUGGAGAGACGUAGAGAGAGAAGGUCUUUGGUUUGUUAGGAAGGAAAAAAACAGUAGGAUCUUUUUCGUGAGGAGAGAAACCUUAUAUAAAAUCCAAAGGUAGAAACUAAAAUUGCAUCAUGGUCUUUGAUUUGAUCCCGUUUCAACUCAAAGAUGCAGUCUGUCUGUGUUAUGUGUUGGGGUUUUUGUUUUUUUGCUACUAGUUUUGUUGAUCACUCUCAAUCUAAUCAGAGAAUUGAGCAGAGCAGUUGUAGUACUGGUGGAACUAUAUAUAUUUAGUACUGUUUCACUCGUCAGUUCUCUUGUGAUAAUGAUAAUGGUGACGAUCUCGUUUUGUCAUGUGGUGUGUAAUGCCGUCCCCACAACAAAAUUGGCCACCGCCACUGGUCGCCAUGGCUCUACCACUCUAGUCUUCCUCCACAGUUCGUACGUACAGAGCUCUAUUGUUCUUUUUGGUAAUGAGCUCUAUGUUCAGUAAUGGAAAGCAAUCGAAACGCUAAGGAUCGAGCGAGUGCGAGGCAUGCAUGUUUCAGUUUUAUCAGAUCCUCUUUUAUCACUGAUAUUUACUGAUUUAAAUAGACAGUACUGCUCGUGAAUGUACAUAUUCUACUACAUAUUAAUACAUAUAUUUUUGUGUA